GUUAGUUUCUCUUGAUCAGUCGGCAGUUUAGUGCGUCUUCGUUCACGUGCCAGUGAUUUAUCGCUCUCAUAAUUAAUUUACAAAUGUGCAUUAAAUAAUAUCUCCGAACAAUUAUUUCCUUAAAUAUUUAAAUAAUAAAUUUUUUUUAUUAUUUAUUCCCUCAAUCAGUCAAUAUUUUAAAUCCACUAGUGGCAUUGACUUUUUUAUCCAGAGGAAUAGUUAACAAAAUAAAAAAGUGAAUGAAUUAAGUACGCAACUUUUUAUAGAAUUAAAAAAAAAAAAAAAAACAUUUUUGGUAGAUUUCGCCGGGUUAGUUUGUGUGCUUUUAUAAAGACAGUGUCAAUUAAGUACACUAGCAAUAAUAAUAAAGUUUAAAUUAAUAUAAAGAUAAUUUUUUUCGUGUUUAAAUUGUGCAAAAGAACUCUUUACAUCUAGGAGAUUACGAAUAUGAGCUCUGGUGAUCCUUGGUCUCUUCCGGUUAAGCAGGGUCUUUAUGACCCAACCCUUGAAAAAGAUGCAUGUGGUGUUGGAUUCAUUGCUGCUAUCGAUGGAAAACGCUCGCACAAGAUUGUACGAGAUGCAGAGACUUUGUCAGCUCGUAUGAACCACAGAGGUGCAUGUGCUUGUGACAAUGAUACAGGAGAUGGUGCUGGAGUACUUUGUGCUAUACCUCACGAAUACUAUGCCGCUGAAAUCAGUGAAAAACAAGGUAUCGAAUUGCCAGAAUUUGGUCGUUAUGCUACAGGAAUUUUAUUCCUUGACAAGAAUACCCAUAAGCAGUCAGAAGCGGCUUUCGAGAAGCUGGCAGGCGAAUGUGACUUGAGAGUACUUUGUUGGCGCGAUGUACCGACAGACAAUUCUUGUAUUGGCCAAGUAGCACGUAAAUGUGAGCCGUAUAUGCGUCAAGUUUUCGUAACUGGUGAUCAAGAGUUUGAUGUUCUCAACCGUCAGAUAUUUGUGUUGCGGAAACGUGCCUCGCAUUCUAUAGCACAGCCAGGAUUGAGAUUUUAUAUUUGUUCUUUGUCUCUGAAAACUGUCGUUUACAAGGGACAACUUACUGCUGAUCAAUUGUGGCGUUAUUUCACUGAUCUUAAUAAUCCCAAGUUUGAAACGUAUCUUGCGUUAGUUCAUACGAGAUUUUCAACAAACACUUUUCCAAGUUGGGAACGUGCACAGCCAUUGCGGCUUCUUGCACACAAUGGUGAAAUAAAUACACUUCGUGGUAAUGUCAAUUUCAUGAAAGCACGUGAAGGAGUUAUGAAAAGUGAUAUUUAUGGUGAUAAAUUGAAAGAUCUGUAUCCAGUUGUUGAGCCAAACCUGUCUGAUUCCGGGGCAGCUGAUUGUGUGCUUGAAUUUUUGGUAAUGGCUGGUCAACGUACUUUGCCUGAGGCUGUCAUGACUAUGGUACCUGAAGCGUGGCAGAAUGACUUGACAAUGGCAACAGAAAAACGUGAAUUCUAUCAUUGGGCUGCUUGUGCAAUGGAGCCAUGGGAUGGUCCAGCAUUGCUUACAUUCACUGAUGGACGUUACGUCGGAGCAAUCCUGGACAGAAAUGGCCUACGCCCAUCGCGCUUCUACGUCACUAAGGAUAACAUGAUGGUGAUGGCGUCUGAAGUGGGCGUAUAUGACACUCCACCCAGCAAUGUUGUCCUGAAGAGCCGCUUGAAGCCUGGCAGAAUGUUGUUGGUCGACACUGAAACAAAGCAGAUCAUACAAGAUGUUGAACUCAAGCUACAGAUUGCAAGAAGUAGACCACAUUCCAAAUGGCUUGAGGAACAGAUUACAAUGAAUCAUCUUCGCUCAGCUCACCACGCUGCCAAUGACAUCACUAAUGGGUUUUACGAAACUGACCAUGGCGCAGAAGAUUCUAAGAGACAUGGCUUGAAUUACGAUUUACGUGGAGUAGAUCGUACAUGGGGCGGCGAUAAACGUCUGCAAUUAUAUGCUUACACUAUCGAAACUCUCAAUUUAUUGCUUCUACCUAUGCUAGAAACAAAAAAAGAAGCUCUCGGAUCAAUGGGUAAUGAUGCUCCAUUGGCAUGUUUGUCAGAAUUUCAGCCUCUUAUUUAUGAAUAUUUCAAGCAGCUCUUUGCUCAGGUAACGAACCCUCCAAUUGAUCCGUUCCGUGAAAAAAUAGUGAUGUCACUAUUGUGUCCAAUUGGUCCUGAGAGCAAUAUACUCGAGCCAAAUGAGUCGCAAGUCCACCGUUUAUUUUUACCCCACCCAAUAUUAUCAAUCUCCGACUUAGAAGUCAUUAAAUGUACAAAUUACCGUGGAUGGAAGGCUAUUGUUAUUGACAUAACCUAUCCAAAAGAAGAAGGCGCAUCGGGAUUCUUAAAAACACUUCACCGUGUUGAUAACGAGGCUAAUCAAGCAGCCAAAGAUGGUUAUCAACUAAUAGUAUUAUCUGAUCGACAAGGUGGACCCAAUAGAAUACCCGUUAGUAUGUUACUUGCAGUGGGUUCUGUUCAUCACUUUUUAAUUGAAACAAGACAGCGAAUGAAAGUCGGUAUCAUCGCUGAAACUGCCGAAGCACGUGAAGUACAUCAUAUGUGUGUACUAUUAGGUUACGGUACAGAUGCAAUAUGCCCAUACUUAGUAUUUGAAACAGCCGGAUAUUUGCGCGAUGACGGAGUACUGGAUAAAAAUUUAACCGAUCAAAUUUUGUACAAAAAUUAUUCCGAAGCAAUGGAACGUGGUAUUGCUAAAGUGAUGGCUAAAAUGGGCAUAUCGACAUUACAAUCAUACAAAAGCGCCCAAAUAUUUGAAGCUGUUGGUCUUGCUGAUGAAGUUAUUGACAAAUGUUUCCGUGGAACACAUUCACGCAUCGGUGGUGUGACAUUUGAUAUCUUAGCUAGAGAUGCCGUCGAACGUCAUUCGUUGACUUACAUUGAAAAAGCUGUUGACAUGCUGGUAUUACGUAAUCCAGGUAUUUAUCACUGGCGUGCUGGUGGUGAAAAACACAUAAAUGAUCCUGUGAGUAUAAGUAAUUUACAAGAUUCAGUAGCGACUAAAAAUAAAAAUGCAUAUGAAAAUUAUCGUAAAUCAACAAUGGAGUCUGUACAACAUUGUACACUACGUGGUCAAUUAGAAUUACGUAAAUCAGAUAACCCAGUACCUAUUGAUGAAGUUGAACCAGCUUCAGAAAUAGUUAAACGUUUUGUAACUGGUGCAAUGAGUUUUGGUAGUAUAUCAAUAGAAGCGCAUUCAACACUUGCUAUUGCAAUGAAUCGUAUCGGUGGUAAAUCCAAUACCGGUGAAGGUGGUGAAAAUGCUGAUCGUUAUUUAAACCAAGAUCCCGAAUUUAACAAACGAUCAUCAAUAAAACAAAUAGCAAGUGGGCGCUUUGGUGUAACUUCAAGUUAUAUAGCAAAUGCUGAUGAUUUGCAAAUAAAAAUGGCCCAAGGUGCUAAGCCUGGUGAAGGUGGUGAAUUACCUGGUUACAAAGUAACAGCAGACAUUGCAGCAACUCGUCAUUCAGUACCUGGAGUUGGUUUAAUAUCCCCGCCACCUCACCAUGAUAUAUAUUCAAUUGAAGAUCUUGCUGAGUUGAUUUAUGAUCUAAAGUGUGCUAAUCCAAAUGCGCGUAUAAGCGUUAAAUUAGUAUCGGAAGUUGGUGUCGGUGUUGUCGCAUCAGGUGUUGCUAAAGGUAAAGCAGAGCAUGUUGUCAUAUCUGGGCAUGAUGGUGGUACUGGUGCCAGUAGCUGGACAGGUAUUAAAGCUGCUGGUUUACCCUGGGAAUUAGGUGUUGCUGAAACACAUCAAAUAUUAACAUUAAAUAAUUUACGAUCACGUUUAAUUGUACAAGCCGAUGGACAAUUGAGAACUGGUUUUGAUGUUAUCGUAGCAGCAUUACUUGGUGCCGAUGAAUUUGGUUUCAGUACAGCUCCGUUAAUUGCUAUGGGAUGUACAAUGAUGAGAAAAUGUCACUUGAAUACAUGUCCUGUUGGUAUUGCAACCCAAGAUCCUGUUUUGCGUAGUAAAUUUCAAGGUAAACCAGAGCAUGUUAUAAACUUUUUCUUCAUGCUCGCUGAAGAAAUAAGAUCACACAUGGCAAGUCUUGGUAUCCGCAAAUUCCAGGAUUUAAUUGGCCGUACAGAUUUACUUAAAGUGCGCGAUGAUAUUAAAAUUGAAAAAGCUAAAUUACUUGAUCUGUCUAAAAUAUUACGUAAUGCAUUAGAAUUGCGCCCUGGUGUAAAUAUAAGAGGUGGAACUGUAAAGCAAGACUUUCAAUUAGAAAAUCGUCCGGAUAAUAAAUUAAUAGAAGAAGCAAAACUUAUUCUUGAAGGUCAUCAAAAUCGUGUUAAUAUUAAAAUGACAAUAAAUAAUGAAACACGUGCAUUUGGAUCGACAUUAAGUUAUUUCAUAUCUAAGAAUUAUGGUGAAGAAGGAUUACCAGAGCACAGUAUAAAUAUACAGCUACAAGGAUCAGCUGGACAAAGUUUUUGUGCAUUUUUAACAAAAGGCGUUCAUGUGACACUUGAAGGUGAUGCUAAUGAUUACGUCGGUAAAGGUCUUUGUGGCGGCGAAAUAGUUAUCUAUCCGCCAAAAGAAUCUGAAUUCAAUUCCGAGGCAAAUGUUAUUGUUGGUAAUGUUUGUUUGUAUGGCGCAACAUCAGGCAAAGCAUAUUUCCGUGGUAUUGCUGCUGAGAGAUUUAGCGUACGUAACAGUGGAGCUGUCGUUGUUGUCGAAGGUGUAGGUGAUCAUGGUUGUGAAUAUAUGACUGGCGGUUGUGCUGUCAUACUUGGAUUAACUGGACGUAAUUUUGCUGCUGGUAUGUCUGGUGGUAUUGCUUAUGUACUUGAUGUCGAUGGUUCAUUCAAAAGUAAAUGUAAUCCUGAAAUGGUUGAACUAUUGCAGCUUAAUAAUAAAGAUGAUAUUGCUUAUGUUAAACAAUUACUUGAAGAAUUUAUUGAGAAAACAGGUUCAUUAAUUGCUAAAGAAUUGUUGCUAACUUGGCCAGAGCCAACAACAAGAUUUGUUAAAGUAUUUCCUUAUGAAUAUCAACGAGCGUUGAAACAAAUGGCUGAAAAUAAAGCAAAUCCACAGCAAAAUGUUGUUAUCAAUGGUAAUGCUAAAAAUCAACAAGAAAUAAAAGACAUUGAGGAUUCUAUUGAAGAUGGUGAUUUAGCGCAACGUAAAUUAGAUAAAAUAAAAGGUUUCAUGAAGUACAAAAGACACACUGCUAAUUAUAGGCCUGUUGAAAAAAGAGUUGAAGAUUGGGAUGAAAUUUAUAACUUCCAGGGUGUAAGAAAGGGGUUGCGUGUUCAAGCGGCACGUUGUAUGGAAUGUGGAGUACCAUUUUGUCAAAGCAGUCAUGGAUGUCCACUUGGCAACAUCAUACCUAAGUGGAAUGAUCUUGUAUUUAAUUCAGAUUGGCAAGAAGCACUCAAACAAUUACUUCAAACAAACAAUUUCCCUGAAUUUACUGGGCGUGUUUGUCCAGCCCCUUGUGAGGGCGCUUGUGUGCUCGGUAUCUCUGAGCCACCAGUGACAAUUAAAAACAUCGAAUGCGCGAUAAUUGAUCAUGCUUUUGAGCAAGGCUGGGUAACACCACAUCCACCAGCUGUCAGAAGUGGAAAAACAAUAGCUAUUGUUGGAUCUGGACCUGCUGGGCUGGCUGCUGCUCAUCAGUUAAAUAAAGCAGGUCAUUUGGUUACUGUUUAUGAGAGAAAUGACAGGAUUGGUGGAUUAUUGCAGUACGGAAUACCGACAAUGAAAUUGUCAAAAAAAGUUGUACAGAGACGUGUUGCUUUACUUGCUGCUGAGGGUAUUGUUUUUAAGACUGGUAUUGAUGUUGGUAAAGAUAUAUCACCUCAAGAAUUAAAAGAUAAUCAUGACGCUGUAUUAUUAUGUACUGGAGCCACGUGGCCACGUGAUUUACCUAUACCUGGACGUAAUCUUGAAGGCAUACAUUUUGCUGUCAGCUUUUUGGAGCACUGGCAAAAAAAACAGAUGGGUAAUAAUAUUCCGAUGAAUAUGAAGCUCGUUGCUAAGGACAAAGAUGUUAUUAUUAUUGGAGGUGGUGAUACUGGUUGUGACUGUAUUGCUACGUCAUUGAGACAGGGAGCUAAGUCAAUAACAACUUUUGAAAUUCUACCAGAGCCACCGGUUAAACGGGCUGAAGACAACCCAUGGCCACAAUUUCCACGUGUGUUUAAGGUCGAUUAUGGGCAUGAAGAAGUUACACUUAAAUUUGGACGUGAUCCACGACAAUUUAGUACACUUAGUAAAGAAUUUAUAGAUGACGGCAACGGUAAUGUUGCGGGUAUUAAAACUGUUACGGUUGAAUGGACUAAAGACGAUGCUGGCCGAUGGAAAAUGAAUGAAGUUGAAGGAUCUGAAAAGAUUUAUAAGUGUGAUCUGGUUUUAUUGGCCAUGGGAUUUUUAGGACCAGAAAAAUAUAUUGCAGAAGAUAUAAAGACAAAAUUAGACGGACGUGGCAAUUACGAAACAGUAGCAGGCAAAUAUAAAACAAGUAUACCUGGAGUUUAUGCUGCAGGAGAUUGCAGAAGAGGUCAAUCUCUUGUCGUGUGGGCUAUAACUGAAGGCCGUCAGGCAGCCCGUGAAAUAGAUCAGGAAUUGACACACUUUACAUCUCUACCUGGUCCCGGUGGAGUAAUUGUAAGUGUUUUAGCUUGAGAAUAAACAAAAAAAAGAUCUUCCCAUUUGGAUAAAAUAAUAAAAUAAAAUUUUACUUUUUUUUAUAAAAAAAAUAAUUGUUAUUUUAAUUAUCUACUAUAUAAUUUAAUUUGGUUACAAGUUAAAUAGUAUCAGUAAAACUUUAAAAAAUAAAAAAACAAAAAAAAAACAAUAAUUAAAAACAUCCAAUUAUUUAUUACAAACAUAAUUAUCAAAAAUAUUUAAAAACAUUUGGCUGUGUAAUCAAUAAAGCAAAUCAGGUCACACUGAAUUUAAAUAGAUUUUUGAAUCAUAUUAAAAUGAAAUAUGCAUGUCAAUGAUUAUAAUUACGAUUAGUUACUAUAAUUACAGAUAAUUAUUUUCAACGAUUUAAAAAGAUGAUAAGUAAUUACAUUGUUUAAUUAUCUAAAUGUUGAUUACUAUCUAACGAUAAUCAUAUCAACAGUUACUGCCUUAUAGGGCUAUUGCUUUUCGUCAAUUAUAAUGAAUAAUAAAAUAAUAAAAACCACAAUAACAAUAAUUAAAACAACGCCUCUAUGGUAAUUUGAAAAUAACAAAAUUUACUGCAGAUAAAUUUUUUUUUUUUUUUUUUUAAUAUCUGAACUUCUAUUCCACUCAAGGGAGAGAAAGGGAUCUAAGAUACAAAAGAGGAUAUUUUUGUGAUUUUUUUUUUGCAGAGUACGUCUUCUAUUAAGAUUCUUAAAACUUGUGACACUAUUAAGCAACAUUUCAAAAAUAUUCUGCUAAAUUUUCAUAAAAAAAUAUUGAAAAAUAAGCCAGUGGUAGAGGGGAGAGACGAGUCACCUCAAAAAAAGUCUCCAUGCCGUAGGCAGGAUAACUUAUGACUGUCUCAUCUGAAGUCAAAAAACCAAAAAGAUUUCUUGAGUACAUAAGUUUAUCUUGGAUUUGAACGAAGGUAUAUACAAACUCAUGUACUAAAGAAAUCUUUUUGGUUUUUUGAUUUCAUAUGAAGUAGUCAUGAGUUAUCCUGCCUACGGCAUGUAAAAUUUUUUUGAGGUGACUCGUCUCUCCCCACUACCACUGGCUUAUUUUUCAAUAUUUUUUUAUAAAAAUUUAUCAAAAUAUUCUUGGAAUGAUGCUUAAUAAUGUCACUAAUUUUUAAAAUUUUAAUAAAGAAGGUACUCUAAAAAAAAAUCAAAAAUAUAGUCUUUUUUUUUUUUGUAUCUCAGGCCCAUUUCUCCCCUUAAACGCUGCACUUAAAUUUCACGAACCGGAAUAAAAUUUUUUAAUAAUUAAAAACGCUUUGUUAUUAAAUAAAAAAUAUAAAAAAAAGUGUAAUUAGUUUAGAGAGUGAGAUUCAUUUAUUUAUAUAUCUUUGUACACGCAUAUAGAAUACAUUGAUAAUGUUUGAUGCGUAAGAAGUAAAAUAUAUUAAUUAUUAUUAUUAUUAACUAUAAAUAGUCUUGUUACGCUAUCAAUUAAUUCCGAGUUUUUAAAUAUUGAUAAAAUAAAUUUAUAAGCUAAUUAGUUGACAAAUUAGUUAUACAAUUUAUAUAUUACUCUAGU